AUGGAGGGCAAUCACUCCGAGCACGAAAAUUCCUGUUUCUAUCUUGGUGAUCCAUCCUUCCAUAAAGCUCAUGAACGGUUUACAAUCAACCUUGUUACAGCUAUCAUUAACAUUGUGACAGUUCCAGUCGGUGUUAUUGCAAAUUUACUGAUUGUCACCGCCAUCUUUGGCUGUCCUCGUCUACGAACUCCUUCUAAUCUGUUGAUAGCUUCUCUGGCGCUUUCUGAUUUGUUCGUAUCCCUAACAGUCCAGCUCGGAUAUAUCACAUACAGGCUUUUGGAAAACCAGCUUCGUCUAGUUCCUUGUUUUGUGAGGAUUAUGUAUCAUCUGGCUUUUUUCAGUUGCUUUGGAGUGUCUUUUAUGACUUUGGGUGCUGUCAGCUAUGAGCGCUUCGUGGCUGUUCGACUGCAAGUCAGAUACAAUGAUUUCUUCUCUUCGACACGAGUUGUGAAAUAUGUUCUGAUCAUAUGGACCCUAAAUAUUUUGUUAACUGCUCUAAAAUGGACUUCUAUUGAAUCCGCAGUCGAAAACAUCCAUCUCAUGGUAUGGUCAGUUUGCUUUCUCGUUUCUGUAGCUACGCAGAUUGGCGUUCUGUACGUCGUGCGAAUACAGCGUGAACAAGUCCAGCCGCAACUCCAAGGCGCUGAAAAUCGCCAGAGACAACGAGAGGCCAAGCUCGCGAAAAACAUAUCUAUCCUCGUCGGGUGUACUUGA